AUGAAGGAGAGGCUGUCUAACGAUCAGACGUGGUGUACGCCAAUACCGCACGACAGGAAGGUGUCGACGGUGCGGGAUUUUUAUCAGGCGUUCCACGAUGCGAGCACGUUGCCGAUACGGACCUGCAUGAUGUGCUACCGCAAGCGGCGGCCGCUCACCAUUUUCAUGCCGGAGCUGCUUUCCCGAAGGCGAGCCCGUGUCGGGACUCACGCUGGUCGAAGAGAAGCUCGUCUCGCUCAACUCCUGCUAUGGGCACGUCAAGGGCCACAUCACAGUGUUUCCAACAACGUGCAGGAGCUGGCGACCAAGGUGCUCCCGCACCCCCUUUUGCAAGCACUGGACGAGAUCCACGUUUCGUGGCAGGGCGUGGAGAAGCCGGCACCGAGCGACCUGUCGAGUCUCUUGUCGGUGAGGCGGCGGGUCGUCGAGAGGGCUCUUGUUUGGCUGAAGAGGAGCAACCCCCACUACGCCGAGAUCGAGAUCGACGUGGCGGAGAUGGAGAGUUGGGGAGACCCGAUAGACGGGGUGCCGGCCUUGGUGUAUGAUCGCAUGGAGCGGAACGAGCCGUCCGCAUGGGAGAAAACGCGGACGGCGCACGUUGUGCCGCCCACGGAGCGCGCCAUGGACGACGAGGGGUCGGUGGAGAUCGAGGAACUCUUCGCUCUGCUCAACCAAAGGCAGGAAACGGGAGGCGAGGCUGAAGGGCACGGGCCCAACGAAGAAGGCGCGGGUCGUGAUGGAGUUGGUGCUAGCCCCGAUCAGAACGUUCGACCAAUCAACGAGGUGACGUCUUCCGGCAUGUUUGGGCUGGACGGACCGCCAGACGUGGCGGAUGUCGAGAAGCUGCGGUUUGCCUGUGACGCUGUUGGCGCAGGUGCCGACGACGGCCGCGCGGGCCCGAGAACUGAGCCAUACAUUCGAGUCUCGCGGGGGGAUGAGUUUGCCGACUCCUUUGAGACGUCCUUCUUCGCCAGAACGUUCCCGACCCUGUUCCCAUUUGGCGUUGGGGGACCAAGAGCUGCUGAGGCAGGGGCGGCAGCGGGAGACAUCGUAUCCUCCCGAAGCUUGAACCUCCGGAUUUGGGCCGACAUCGUGCUCCGGCGCCAUGGUGGCCGGUUUGCGUUGCACCACAUAUUUGCAUUUCUCGUCUUCAACAUGGGGGUGCGGUCGAGGAACCGCCGCGUCAGCAUGCUGAGUGUGGCGAGGAAGGACUUCGGCAAGGUCGAGCGCGUUGCCCGCUCGAUGACCGCGCAAAGGAGCUUCUCAGGAGCCUCUCGCUGUACGGCCACCGGCAACCCAUGUCGAGAGGUUCGGCUCAAUAUGCGGCGGAAAAUCCAGUCGCUCAUCGUUGGCUACGGCGUUCCGGCCAUCUGGUUCACCAUCAACCCAAACGACAUUACGAACCCGGUGAAGCUGCGACUGGCGGCAUAUCGGACACGCGAUCCCGGCGCGGCCGAGGAGUUCCUAGAAGGCCUUGGGAGUGCGUACAAGCGGACAAGGCUGGCCAUGUCCGAUCCGAUGAGCGCCGCCGUAUUCUUCCACCGGGAGAUGAAGCUGUUCUUCGAUCAUUACGUGAAGGUCGGAGAAGACUCGAUGCUUGCCGACAUCCACGGGGAGGAUCAGGCGGCGUAUCGCGAGCGAAUCAUACGAUACGUCGAUAGUGUCUUCUCCGAGGAUCUGGAUCAGGAAGGGUUCUGCGCCGUGCAAGCGGAGCGAUCUGUGACGUCCGAUAUUUCCUCCCUGCUGGACAACACCGAGCAGUUUUCGGCCGCAUUUGACGAGGAGGCCAACUUCUGUGCCGGCGCUACACAGAUCCGGAGGACUCACAGCAUGGUCAAUCGAUGGAACAAGGCUAUCGCUGUUGGGCUCCGGCACAACCACGACAUUUCCUUCAUUGCGACGCAGCGCAAGACCAUGGCCCUUAUGUAUUAUGUCACGAACUACGCGACGAAGGUGGAGGACCCGGUGUGGAAGCGUGUGGCGGCCGCGGCCGAUCUCCUGGCCGCCUCAACGGGUGACGGCACGGCCAACGGAGGACAGGACGACGGUGGAGGUGCUGUCGAGGUCGUCGCUCAUCUUCUUGGAUAUCCGGCCGAGUUCACCAACAGCAGCGCCUGGGCGUACCUGAACACAUCUCUGCUGUACUGGGAAGUCUUUCGACGGUGGCCGUAUCUCCGACGAGCAAGUGGCGCGGCGGCCAUAGAUGAUACUCUGGAUGAGUCGGUGCUCAGGCGGCCGGGCAAGCAUGCUACCGUCUGCCUCGAUGGCUACCUGAGCAAGGACUUCGGCCACAACGACGACGAGGAGUCGUGCCACCGGAGGGCAGCCGUGCAGCAUCUUGCGCUAUUUGUGCCGUGGGAGUCCUUUCUGUGCGAAGAAACAGGUGAGAUCAAUAGCAUCUGGGAGCGGGCGCGAGAGGCGCUGGCCCCGAGAAUAUCAUGUCUCGUCGACAACGUGCAGCUGCUUCGACGAUCAGCCGAAGACGCAAAGCGCGACGCCAAGCAAUGGGCGGCCUCAUCCGGCGAUGGCGAUUCCACGGUCGCCCACGUCGAGGAGGGCGAGACAGGCGAGGCGGGCGCAGAAUUUGCAGCGACGUAUCGGUCCAACAACAUCGGAGACGCAACGCGCCUGAUCGACGUCGUCCGAGGCGCAGUGGGCACGAAUCAGGUGACGGCCAAGUCGCCGGAGCUCAUGGCAAUGAUGCGGCAGCUCUGUCGAUUCCAGCAAUCGGCGCUCUGCUCAACGGCCGAGCUCGAGGCCAUCGCGAUUCCCGAACAAGGGUUGAGGUGCAUAAGCAUGCCAGGGCGGGUAUUUUCCGGGGCCGCACUACCGCCGCAGGAUCAGGUCAAGGCUAUCAAGUCGCAGCAGAUAAUCGCAGUCCGGGAAAGCGAUCGCCGAGCUGCGUUGCGGAGGGUGAUGACCGGCUUCGGGGAGGACGACGUCGAAAUGACGACAGCCGACUCCGACGAGACGGCUAGCGACGCAGAAGCGGGAAUGCGCGUCCAGUUUGGCCCAUCGACCUCCUUCUUCGCGGCGGGCAAGGAGUUGUCAACACGGCUAACGCUGAACAAGAGGCAGUCGAUCGCUUUCCUAAUAAUAUGCCGCCAGCUCGAUUUGAUGCGACAAACGAAUAGGGGCGAUGCCGGCCAGCUCUGCCAGCUCGUCGGCGGCGAGGGGGGCACCGGCAAGUCGCGGAUCAUUGGGGCACUCGUCGAGCUGUUCAGUGGGAAGAGCCUUUCGAAUCGUCUGCUGAUCACGGCGACGUCAGGGACUGCCGCGGCGCAGAUCAACGGCAUCACGAUCCACUCCGCCUGCGGGUUCACUAAAGACCAAGGGGCGGGCGGCGCGAACACAGCCAAGGACCUUGACGGGGUGCGGCUGACAAAACGGGCGGAGCGGUUCAUCCACGGCCAGUCUCGGAUGGACUGGCAGGAGAAGGACGUGCUUGUCAUCGACGAGAUUUCGGGGAUCCCCAUCGUCCUCUUCUGCGGAGACUUUCAGCAGUUCCGGCCGGUCCAAGAGAGGUCGAUCGUCCUGCCGAGCGCGGCCAUCUCGUGGGACGUAGACAACUCGUUCAAGGCCGAGCAGCGGCACCAGCACGACAAAGCGCACGCGCUGUGGAAGAGAUUCACGACGGUCGUCAUGUUGAACGAGCAAAUGCGCGCCGCCGGGGAUCCGGAAUUGCAGGGGCUGCUGAAGCGGAUCCGGCAGGGUGUGCAGGACCGCACGGAUCUGGACCUCCUCAACUCAAGGUGCUACCGCGAGGGCAGGCGGAUCCAUUGGGAGACUGGCAUCACCGUGGUGACGCCGCUGAACAGGAAUCGGUGGAACCUAAACAUGGAGGCAAGCUUGGCGUUCCGGGUCCAGCAGCGGUCGACGAUGCGCAUCUUCAUCUCCGAGCACAAGUGGAAGGAGGGCCUGCCGACCGAGGAAGAAGCGAUCAUGAUACUCAAUCAAGGCGACGAUAGCGCGAUCCCCGUGCCGGCCGUCUUCAUGUUCGUGGCCGGGAUGCCGGUCGUCGUGAACCACAACACCCAUCAGGGGCUGAAGCUGGUGAACGGCGCCGGCUACUCGGCGGUGGAGGUCAUUGUCGACAAGGCGUCCCCAGGGCAUCGAAUCUCGUCCGACAUGACGAUCCACUUCGGGCCGCCGGCGGGGAUAUUACUGGAAUCGGCGACGACAAAGGACCUCCACUUCAACGACGUCAGCCGGAAGGGAUUGCCGUGCGCAGCAGCCUUCGCCUGCACGGACUACAAGGUGCAGGGCAGAACGCUAGAGCGCGUGGCCCUGGAGCUGCGGGGGACACGGACGACGAAAGUCGAUGGAAGGGCCGUGCCCUCGCAAUGCGACCCGUACAGCUUAUAUGUGCAGCUAUCGCGCUGUCGAACGCUAGACGGCAUCACGCUCGUGUCCAAGGUGCGGAGAGAGACUUGGUGGGCAACCGAGUCCCCGAAGAGAUGA